AUGUCAAAUGAUGAUAUGUUAUCAUGUCAUCUUGUUUGUUCACAUGAUCUAUUCGAAGAUAUGACAGUUACAAAAAUUGCUCGACGAUUUCAAUAUCUUAUUGAACAACUAUUUUCAAUGGAUUCUAAUAUUAAUCAAACUGAUAUUCUUGUUUCACCUAUUACUAAACUUAGUCUUGUUUUACCAGAAGAAGUUUAUGAAAUGGAACGAAUAGUCUUUUGUCGACAACCAGAUAUUAUAAAUGAAGCACCAGCAUCAUAUGCUCAAGCACGUAUUUGGCUUGAUGAACGAAUUCGUUUUAAUUCAAAAAGUUCACAAGUUGCCGUAUAUAAUAUACCUUUUCUUCAUCAACUUUCAUCAGGUGGUACUCUAUCAAUAUCUAAACUUCGUCAAGCUUUACAACAUGUUCUUAUAAAACAUUCUGCUCUUCGAACAUCACUCUAUUUCGAUACAAAUAAAAACAUAUUAACGCAAAAGAUUAUUGAUCAUACUGAUAAUAAAGAACUAUUUACAUUUAUUGAAAGUACUUUCGAAACAGACGAAGAUCUCAAUAAAAUUAUAUAUAAUGAACGUGGGAAUCCAAAUAAUUUUAAUCUAAUGAUUGGUAUUGUUUGUCGAUGUCAUGUUGUUUAUUAUAAAAACAUUUUUCAAAAUGGAAUCAUUUGUGAAAAAGAUGCGCUUGUCUUUAAUUUUCAUCAUGCUGUGUUUGAUUUUCCAUCAAUGAAAAUGUUUCGCCAAAAUCUUGAUUACGCUGUGGCUGAACAACAAAUGCCGAUGACAGUUACCAAUGCUUUUUGGCUUGAUGCUCUUCAUAAUUAUGAAAUCGAUCGAUCUUUACAAUUAUCAUUUGAUCGACAUCGCGUUUCCGAUGAACAUCGUACAGGUCGUGAAACUUCAAUUUCAUUUCAAUUUGAUAAAGAUCUUUCAAAAGCAUUUUUAAUUUAUGCUUCAAUAUAUAAUAUUAAACUUGAAUAUUUAGCACUUGCUUCUUAUUAUACAUUUUAUUUAAAUUAG